AUUAAGUGGGAUAAAUCCUCUCUCUUUUUCUUAAAGACGGCGAUAUUUCCUAUAAAAAUUGACGAAUCUACUUUUAAAGACAUUAGAUUUUUCUUUUGGAAUUUCUCUUAUCACUUGACAAAAGUGAAACACUUUGCAAUACAGAGUUGCAUGCAGUGUAACACUCUUGCCUCAUGUUGUUCUUCACUGAACAAGUAGCUACACAAGUUUCGGCUUAUAAGUGAUAAUCUUUCCAAACCCUAAAUCAAUUUUGCUUUCCAAGAGAUAUCUGAAGAAAUCACAUCCGAGUCAAGUUUUCUAGCAAGAAAAGGAUCCAUUUCAAAAAAUAGAAGAUUCAGAAAACAAAUAAUCACUUCAAAGAUCAUGGCAUAUAAUUUUAGGAACAGGAACUUAUUAAAUACCAGGGGUGCUUAUUUGGGAUCAAGUGGUUCGGAUAGUGAAAGCCAAGAUGAUUCGGACCCCGAUUUUUUGACACCCUCUAGGACUCCUAGGAGGUCAACCCAGAACAAUACUGCUAGAGCUGGUGGUGCAAGUUCUAUCAGGAAUUUAAGUGGGAAGCGAUCAAGGGGCAAUGGGGAAGAACGUAGGCGAGGACGGAGAGAGAGACAUAGGAGGAGGAGGAAGAGGAAAUUUUCCCAGGUGCCUCAAGCACAAAUAAGCAGGAGAACAGUGCUGUCUUGGUUGAUAGGGUUGGGUGUAAUUGAAGAAAAUGAAGUAGUUUGGUAUGUUGCUGCACAGUCAGGGAAUAUACUUGGAGAAGGCAAAGUGAAUAGGGAAGGCAUUUUAUGUAGCUGUUGUUCUGGUCAGCUAACAGUGGAGGAAUUUGAGGUUCAUUCAGGGCGUAAAACCAGGAAGCCUUAUCAGCAUAUAUACUUGGCAGGGUCUCAGGUUUCCUUGUUGGAUUGCCAAAUAGAAGCAUGGGAAGAUAAGGAAGAGGAAGAAACGCGUAAAUUCAAUAACAUCCAGCCUGCAUCCAAAGCUGUUGACAGAUAUGAUGAUGCCUGUAUGAUCUGUGCUGAUGGUGGGGAUUUGAUUUGCUGCGAAAGAUGUCCCUCAACAUUUCAUCCCAGGUGUAUUUUCAUGGAGAUUAUUCCCCAAGGUGAUUGGCUAUGUCCAUACUGUAUCUGCAAAUACUGUGGCAAUGGCAAUGGCAAUGGCAAUGGCCUUUUGAUGCAGUGUAGCCAAUGUGAAAAAAAAUAUCAUUUAAGGUGUGGAGGAGAACCGUUGGAUCUGAUGAAUCCUCCAGUUGUCUUCUGUGGAAGUAGUUGCAGAAAGAUAUAUGAAGGGUUACAUAAUUUGCUGGGAUCACAAAAUGCGCUCCACGAUGGCCUUACUUGGACUUUGCUCCAACGCAUAGAUGAGCCAUUCACUGGUUCCUAUGGAGAAGAGGAGUACAAGAGAAUACAGUGCAACUCCAAGAUUGCUGUGGCGUGGCUGGUAAUGAACGAGUGUUUCCUGUCUACCAUUGAUCGCCAUACAAGAACCAAUAUCGUCCAAAGCAUUGUGUACAAUCGAGGGUCCAACGUGACCCGUAUUAACUACAGUGGAUUUUAUACUGCUAUCCUAGAAAAGAAUGAUGAAAUCAUCAGUGUGGCAUCAAUAAGGGUGCAUGGAAAAAGGUUGGCGGAGAUGCCUUUCAUUGGAACCCGUGGGGAAUAUAGGCGGCUAGGGAUGGCUUACGUACUGGAAAACUGUAUUGAAUCGACACUUUGCUCAUUAAAAGUGGAGAAGCUGGUGAUUCCAUCGGUGAGUCAACUGACGGGCAUGUGGAUGGACAAGUAUUUUUUCUCCAGGGUGCAAGAGGAGCGGUUGGUGAAGGAGCUCUCCCUCUACAACACGGUCAUGUUCCCUAGCUCUGUAGUAAGGCUCUACAAGAACUUGGCAAUGCUCCCUGAUUUGAACUUAUCUCCUGAAGAAAAGGAGGGCCAUUUCUAAGUGACUUGAUGUGGGCUGCUUCAGUCUCAACUAUAUGUGCUUUUUUUUUUAUACAGACAUUAUAUAUUAUCCCUUAUUUUUGAAUUCCAGUAUUUUGUAUAAGGGUUGCUGAUUUCACAUUAUUUAUGGUCUUAUUCUUCUCAGAUUUCUUGCCUUCAUCUUUUUUGAAAAACAAGAAUUUAUUGUUUUAUUAUAAUUACUUUCUGCUCAAA